AUGGUCACCGGACAGAUGCCAGGCGUGAGGAUGCAUGGGGGAGGUUUCACUAGAUGGUUGAAAUUGCCUCCGCUUCACACUUCCAUGGGUCAACUACCGGCUGAUGCCAGGCGUAGUAGUCAUGGGUAUAAAGAACACCGUUUCAAAGAGAAUUGA